AUGCACUACUACCUUACCCGGCCCCAGAGAGACGGUGUAGAUGCCGACGAGUGGAAGCCCGAGUCUGACACCAAGGCAAAGGCCAAUAUCGAAGAGUGGUACCGCGCUGGACGGCUUCUAUUCCCGCGCGAGACCCUUGUAAGCAUACGCGACCAGCUGCGGAAACCGCCGUCCAAGGGAGAUCUCGUCUAUGUGAAAGCACUUGAUGAGUUAACGUAUGAAUAUGUGGUGCAGACAGGGGAAAUGAAAAUGCCGUUGGGCUUCUUUGGCGCUCCCCAAAUAUACUAUACUUCGUUUGACUCCCUCAAGCGAAACACCGAGCACAGUCUCUCCCGCGCAUACUUUCCCGUUGGCCUUGCGCAUCUCCUGCUGCCGGCUGAUGAACAACCAGACCCACAAAAUGUGCAGGAUAUCAAUGCCGGGGUGGAUGCUUUUAAUACUGCCAUGCGCGAAUGGGAGGCUGGUGAUGCAUGGAGGGAAAUCAAGACGACCUUGCUGUCGCUGAAACUGCGUGUUCAGAUCAACAAGAUUAUUGGCAUGGCCAGCGGGCCCUUCGCAGCGACCUCGAAAUUCAAACACACUGAAUGGGAACGCUCACGGCGCCGCUCAGCAGUCCAGAAUGCGUUUAUUGUAUCUCUGAAAAACGCACUCCAGGAGAGUCACCUAGGAGGCGACAAUGUCCAAUGCUAUGCGCAGGAUCCCGCGUACGACGCAGCAGACCUGGCUGUUCUACAGCAGUCCGGCGUCGAGGUCGUGGAGGAUCCAGACGGCUUCCUCCACCUUGACAACGCGUCGUUGCUCUUCUCUUGCAGUCCCAACAUCUGCGUCAAGGAAAUUGUGGCGGAUAUGGCGCGACCACCUAUUAUAAUCUGGACUGACCCCGACUCUCCACGCGUUAUUGAAAUGAUUCGGGCCGAGUACGACAAACUAGCAUGGCCGGAGGAUGACGGGGACAACUUCACUACAAUGGCCAUUUACGUGAAGAAAAACGCCAGGGCGCCCUAG